GGAUCCACUCCGUGGUUUCCUUUCGGCUCCGCUUCCCAACUUUGCUCCAAGUUGCCAGACUCUGGGCUGGUGUAGGGACCGCUGAGUGGACCCGGCCCCGACUGAGAGCCUGGAGGGAAACCCACCCGUUCAGAACCCACACCGGCAGGGAUGGAGUGGGCCUCAAGGGAACAAGGGAGGGGCCGGCAGGGACAGUCAGUGCCCUGGGAGCUCCGACUGGGCCUGCUGCUGAGCGUGCUGGCUGCUGCACUGGCCCAGGCCCCGGUCCCUGAUGUGCCUGGCUGUUCUCGCGGAAGCUGCUACCCAGCCACGGGUGACCUGUUGGUGGGCCGCGCCGACAGACUGACUGCCUCAUCCACCUGUGGCCUGCACGGCCCCCAGCCCUACUGUAUUGUCAGUCACCUGCAGGACGAGAAGAAGUGCUUCCUGUGUGACUCCCGGCGCCCCUUCUCUGCUCGAGACAAUCCACACAGCCAUCGCAUCCAGAACGUAGUCACCAGCUUUGCCCCACAGCGUCGGUCAGCCUGGUGGCAAUCCGAGAAUGGUAUCUCUAUGGUCACCAUCCAGCUGGACCUGGAGGCUGAGUUCCAUUUCACACACCUCAUUAUGACCUUCAAGACAUUUCGCCCUGCUGCCAUGCUGGUGGAGCGCUCGGCAGACUUCGGCCGCACCUGGCACGUGUACCGAUAUUUCUCCUAUGACUGUGGGGCUGACUUCCCAGGAGUCCCGCUAGCCCCUCCGCGGCACUGGGAUGAUGUAGUCUGUGAAUCUCGCUAUUCAGAAAUUGAGCCAUCCACUGAAGGCGAGGUCAUCUAUCGUGUGCUGGAUCCUGCUAUCCCUAUCCCAGACCCAUAUAGCUCACGGAUCCAGAACUUACUGAAGAUCACCAACCUACGGGUGAACCUAACUCGGCUACACACACUGGGGGACAACCUGCUCGACCCACGGCGGGAAAUCCGAGAGAAGUACUAUUAUGCCCUGUAUGAGCUGGUUGUGCGUGGCAACUGCUUCUGCUAUGGACAUGCCUCAGAGUGUGCACCUGCCCCAGGGGCACCAGCCCAUGCUGAGGGCAUGGUGCAUGGGGCCUGCAUCUGCAAACACAACACCCGUGGCCUCAACUGUGAGCAGUGUCAGGAUUUCUAUCAUGACCUGCCCUGGCAUCCAGCUGAAGAUGGCCACAGCCAUGCCUGUAGGAAAUGUGAGUGCCAUGGGCACAGCCACAGAUGCCACUUUGACAUGGCCGUAUACCUGGCGUCCGGCAAUGUGAGUGGAGGGGUGUGUGACGGAUGUCAGCAUAACACAGCUGGGCGCCGCUGUGAGCUCUGCCGGCCCUUCUUCUAUCGAGACCCAACCAAGGACCUGCGGGACCCAGCCGUGUGCCGCUCCUGUGAUUGUGACCCUAUGGGUUCCCAAGAUGGCGGCCGCUGCGAUUCCCAUGAUGACCCUGCACUGGGGCUGGUCUCGGGACAGUGUCGCUGCAAAGAACACGUGAUGGGCACUCGCUGCCAGCAGUGCCGGGAUGGCUACUUUGGGCUCAGUGCCAGCGACCCACAAGGCUGCCGGCGCUGUCAGUGUAAUGCACGGGGCACGGUGCCUGGCUCCACCCCCUGUGACCCCAGCAGUGGAUCCUGUUUCUGCAAACGUCUAGUGACUGGACGUGGCUGCGAUCGCUGCCUGCCUGGCCACUGGGGCCUCAGCCACGACCUGCUUGGCUGCCGACCUUGUGACUGCGAUGUGGGUGGUGCCUUGGAUCCCCAGUGUGACGAGGCCACAGGUCAGUGCCGCUGCCGCCAGCACAUGGUUGGGCGACGUUGUGAGCAGGUGCAGCCUGGCUACUUCCGGCCCUUCUUGGACCACCUAACGUGGGAGGCUGAGGAUGCCCGAGGGCAGGUGCUGGAUGUGGUAGAGCGCCUGGUGACUGCCGGGGAGACUCCUGCAUCCUGGACUGGCCCAGGCUUUGUGCGGCUUCGCGAAGGUCAGACGCUGGAGUUUGUGGUGACCUCUGUGCCGAGGGCCAUGGACUAUGACGUGCUGCUGCGCUUGGAGCCCCAGGUCCCCCAGCAGUGGGCAGAGCUGGAACUGACUGUGCAGCGUCCGGGGCCUGUGUCUGCCCACGGCGUGUGUGGGCAUGUGCUGCCCAAGGAUGACCGCAUCCAAGGGAUGCUACAACCAGACGCCAGGUACCUGGUAUUUGCCAAUCCUGUCUGCCUUGAGCCUGGCAUCUCCUACAAGCUGCUUCUGAAGCUGGUGCGAACAGGGGGACGUACCCAGCCUGCGAGCCCCCACUCUGGACCUGGCCUGCUCAUUGACUCGCUGGUGCUGCUGCCCCGUGUCCUGGUGCUAGAGAUGUUUAGCGGGGGUGACGCUGCUGCCCUGGAGCGCCGUGCCACCUUUGAACGCUACCGCUGCCGUGAGGAGGGUUUGCUGCCCAGCAAGAGUCCUCCCUCCGAGGCCUGUACCCCCCUCCUCAUCAGCCUGUCCGCCCUGAUCUACAACGGUGCCCUGCCCUGUCAGUGCGAUCCUCAAGGCUCCCUGAGCUCGGAGUGCAACCCCCACGGUGGGCAGUGCCUGUGCAAACCUGGAGUGGUUGGGCGCCGCUGUGACCGCUGUGCCCCUGGUUACUAUGGCUUUGGCCCCACUGGUUGUCAAGCCUGUCAGUGCAGCCCCGAGGGGUCACUCAGCGGCCUGUGUGAAGGGACCAGUGGGCAGUGUCCCUGCCGGCCUGGUGCCUUUGGGCUUCGCUGCGACCGCUGCCAGCGUGGCCAGUGGGGAUUCCCUAGCUGCCGGCCAUGCGUCUGCAAUGGGCAUGCAGAUGAAUGCGACACUCACACAGGCGCUUGCCUGGGCUGCCGGGAUCACACAGGAGGUGAACACUGUGAAAGGUGCAUUGCUGGCUUCCAUGGGGACCCACGGCUCCCAUAUGGGGGUCAGUGCCGGCCCUGUCCUUGCCCUGAAGGCCCCGGAAGCCAGCGGCACUUUGCUACUUCUUGCCACCAGGAUGGGUACUCCCAGCAGAUCAUGUGCCACUGCCAGGCAGGCUACACAGGGGUGCGCUGUGACACUUGUGCCCCUGGGCACUUUGGCGACCCGUCAAGGCCAGGCGGCCGGUGCCAACCCUGUGAAUGCAGUGGGAACAUUGACCCCAUGGAUCCUGAUGCCUGCGACCCACGCACGGGGCAGUGCCUGCGCUGUUUAUACCACACAGAGGGGCCACACUGUGCCCACUGCAAGCCUGGCUUCCACGGGCAAGCUGCCCGCCAGAGCUGUCACCGCUGCACCUGCAAUCUGUUGGGCACAAAUCCCCAGCAGUGUCCAUCCACCGACCAGUGUUACUGUGACCCAACCACUGGGCAGUGCCCAUGCCUCCCCAACGUGCAGGGCCCUAGCUGUGACCGCUGUGCCCCCAACUUUUGGAACCUCACCAGUGGCCACGGCUGCCAACCUUGUGCCUGCCACUUAAGCCGGGCCAGAGGCCCCACCUGCAAUGAGUUUACCGGGCAGUGCCACUGCCUUGCUGGCUUUGGUGGGCGGACCUGUUCCGAGUGCCAGGAGCUCCACUGGGGAGACCCUGGGUUGCAGUGUCGUGCUUGUGACUGUGAUCCUCGUGGAAUAGACACACCUCAGUGUCACCGCUCCACUGGCCACUGCAGCUGCCGCCCUGGCGUGUCUGGUGUGCGCUGUGACCAGUGUGCCCGUGGCUUCUCGGGUGUCUUUCCUGCCUGCUACCCCUGCCAUGCAUGCUUCGGGGACUGGGACCGUGUGGUCCAGGACUUGGCUGCCCGUACACGGCGGCUACAGCAGCGCGCACAGGAGCUACAACAGACGGGUGUGCUGGGUGCCUUUGAGAGCAGCUUCUGGGACUUGCAGGAGAAGUUGGGCACUGUGCAGACUAUCGUGGGUGCCCGCAACGCCUCAGCUGCCUCCACUGCGCGGCUUAUGGAGGCCACAGAGGAGCUGCGGCGUGAGAUCGGGGCGGCCACUGAGCACCUAACUCAGCUGGAGGCAGAGCUGACAGAUGUGCAGGAUGAGAACUUCAAUGCCAACCACGCACUAAGUGGUCUGGAGCGAGAUGGGCUUGCACUGAAUCUCACCCUGCGGCAGCUUGAUCAGCAUCUGGACCUGCUCAAGCAUUCAAACUUCCUGGGUGCCUAUGACAGCAUCCGCCAAGCCUACAGCCAGUCUGCAGAGGCAGAACGUCGUGCCAACACCUCAGCCCUGGCAGUGCCCAGCCCCGUGAGCAACUCAGCAGAAACCAGGCGCAGGACAGAAGCACUGAUGGCUGCCCAGAGAGAAGACUUCAACCGUAAACACCUGGCCAACCAGCAAGCCCUGGGCGAGCUCUCUGCCCGUACUCAUGCCCUGAGCCUGACAAGCAUCAAUGAACUGGUGUGUGGGGCCCCGGGAGACGCACCUUGCUCCACGAGCCCUUGUGGUGGUGCCGGCUGUCGGGAUGAGGACGGGCAGCCCCGCUGUGGGGGCCUCGGCUGCACUGGGGCAGCAGCCACAGCAGACCUGGCGCUGGGCCGGGCCCGGCACACACAAGCAGAGCUGCAGCGGGCACUGGUAGAAGGCGGCGGCCUCCUCAGCCGAGUGGCAGAGACUCGUCGGCAGGCAGGCGAGGCACAGCAGCGGGCCCAGGCAGCCCUGGACAAGGCUAAUGCUUCCAGGGAGCAGGUGGAGCAGGCCAACCAGGAGCUUCGAGAACUUAUCCAGAGUGUGAAGGACUUCCUCAGCCAGGAGGGGGCUGAUCCUGAUAGCAUUGAGAUGGUGGCCACACGGGUGCUAGAGCUCGCCAUCCCAGCCUCACCUGAGCAGAUCCAGCACCUGGCAGGUGCGAUCGCAGAGCGAGUUCGGAGCCUGGCGGAUGUGGACACAAUCCUGGCGCGUACAGUGGGAGACGUGCGCCGGGCUGAGCAGCUGCUGCAGGACGCACAGCGGGCACGGAGCCGGGCUGAGGGUGAGAAACAGAAGGCAGAGACAGUACAGGCGGCACUGGAGGAGGCUCAGCGGGCGCAGGGUGCUGCCCAGGGUGCUAUCCGGGGGGCAGUGGCUGACACACAGGACACAGAACAGACCCUGCGCCAGGUACAGGAGAGGAUGGCAGGCACAGAGCAGGCACUGAGCUCUGCAGGUGAACGGGCUCGGCAACUGGAUUCCCUUCUGGAGGCUCUGAAACUGAAGCGGGCAGGAAAUAGUCUCACAGCCUCGACGGCUGAAGAAACAGCAGGCAGCGCCCAGGGCCGGGCCCGGGAGGCUGAGCAGCUGCUGCAGGGCCCGCUGAGUGACCGGUACCAGACGGUGCGGGCCCUGGCCGAGCGCAAGGCGGAGGGUGUGCUGGCCGCACAGGCGAGGGCAGAGCAACUUCGGGAUGAGGCUCGGGGCCUGCUGCAGGCCGCCCAGGACAAGCUGCAGCGGCUACAGGAACUGGAGGGCACCUACGAGGAGAACGAGCGAGCGCUGGAGGGCAAGGCGGCCCAGCUGGACGGGCUGGAGGCCAGAAUGCGCGGUGUGCUGCAAGCCAUCAACCUGCAGGUCCAGAUUUACAACACCUGCCAGUGACGCCUGCCGGGGCCCGCCUGUCCCCUGCCCCACUCCGCACGCCUGUCUGCCCACGCACUACAGCGAAUAAACCAGCGUGAACCCUCA